GGGCGGACGGCGGGGCGGCCACUGCGGGCGCGGCCCGUCUGCCGGCAGGGGGGUGGCGAGGCGGGUGCUAUGGCCGACGUGUUCGCGGGCUCCGAGCCCGGCGCGGCGCCGGACCCGGACGCGGCGCGCCGCUUCGCUCGCAAGGGCGCCCUGAGGCAGAAGAACGUGCACGAGGUGAAGGAGCACAAAUUCAUCGCGCGCUUCUUCAAGCAGCCCACCUUCUGCAGCCACUGCACCGACUUCAUCUGGGGAUUUGGGAAACAAGGAUUUCAGUGCCAAGUUUGCUGUUUUGUGGUUCAUAAGAGGUGCCAUGAAUUUGUUACCUUCUCGUGUCCUGGGGCUGACAAGGGACCUGACACUGAUGACCCCAGGAGCAAGCACAAGUUUAAGAUCCACACGUACGGCAGCCCGACCUUCUGUGACCACUGCGGGUCCCUGCUCUAUGGGCUUAUACAUCAAGGGAUGAAAUGUGACACUUGUGAUAUGAAUGUUCAUAAGCAAUGUGUAAUAAAUGUCCCAAGCCUCUGUGGAAUGGAUCACACAGAGAAAAGAGGAAGGAUUUAUCUGAAAGCUGAAGUCACUGGGGACAAACUGGAAGUAACAGUGCGAGAAGCAAAAAACUUAAUUCCCAUGGAUCCAAAUGGACUUUCGGAUCCUUAUGUUAAACUGAAACUCAUCCCAGAUCCUAAGAAUGAAAGUAAACAAAAAACAAAAACCAUCCGUUCUACUCUGAAUCCACACUGGAAUGAGUCAUUUACAUUUAAAUUAAAACCUACAGACAAAGAUCGACGGUUAUCUGUUGAGGUCUGGGACUGGGAUCGAACAACCAGAAAUGAUUUCAUGGGAUCUCUGUCUUUCGGGGUGUCAGAGCUUAUGAAAAUGCCGGCCACUGGAUGGUACAAGCUGCUGAAUCAAGAAGAAGGUGAAUAUUAUAACGUUCCAAUUCCAGAUGCUGAUGAAGAUGGAAAUGCAGAACUCAGACAGAAGUUUGAGGGUAAAAGAACUGGCCGAGAUAAGAAAGCCAAACUGGGGCCUGCUGGUAACAAAGUCAUUACUCCAACAGAAGACAGGGUUUCCAGUGUGCCGUCCAACAACCUGGACAGGGUGAAGCUCACAGAUUUCAACUUCCUCAUGGUUCUUGGAAAGGGGAGCUUUGGAAAAGUGAUGCUGGCAGACAGGAAAGGGACGGAGGAGCUCUAUGCAGUCAAGAUACUGAAAAAAGACGUGGUGAUUCAGGAUGAUGAUGUUGAAUGUACAAUGGUUGAAAAACGAGUCCUAGCACUGCAGGAUAAGCCGCCUUUUCUAACACAGCUUCAUUCUUGUUUCCAGACUGUUGACCGUCUGUAUUUUGUUAUGGAGUAUGUGAAUGGUGGUGAUCUUAUGUAUCACAUUCAGCAAGUAGGAAAAUUCAAGGAGCCACAAGCAGUGUUCUAUGCAGCUGAGAUCUCAGUUGGGCUAUUCUUUCUCCAUAAUAGAGGAAUUAUUUAUAGAGAUCUGAAAUUAGAUAAUGUGAUGUUGGAUUCAGAAGGACACAUUAAAAUUGCUGAUUUUGGAAUGUGCAAAGAACAUAUGUUAGAUGGAGUAACAACCAGGACCUUCUGUGGCACUCCAGACUACAUUGCACCAGAGAUUAUUGCUUACCAGCCCUAUGGGAAGUCGGUGGAUUGGUGGGCGUAUGGAGUACUGCUCUAUGAGAUGUUAGCUGGUCAGCCUCCAUUUGAUGGAGAAGAUGAAGAUGAACUUUUCCAGUCCAUAAUGGAGCAUAACGUUUCCUACCCAAAAUCACUGUCCAAAGAAGCUGUCUCUAUCUGCAAGGGGCUAAUGACUAAACAUCCUGCAAAACGCCUUGGCUGUGGCCUUGAAGGGGAAAGGGACAUCAGGGAGCAUGCUUUCUUCAGGAGAAUUGACUGGGAAAAGCUGGAAAACAGAGAGAUUCAGCCACCUUUCAAGCCUAAAGUGUGUGGCAAAGGUGCUGAGAACUUCGAUAAAUUCUUCACGCGAGGACAGCCUGUGUUAACCCCUCCGGAUCAACUGGUCAUUGCUAACAUAGACCAAACGGAUUUUGAAGGAUUCUCUUAUGUCAACCCCCAGUUUGUACACCCCCUUUUACAAAAUGUAGCGUGAAACAGCAAAACAGGAACAAGGGGGAACGGUCCAUAACCCUAGAAUUUUUAGGCCUUUGCCUUGUUGAUUCCAUUUGGGCCUGAAAAUUGUGGGGUUAAGAAGCCUAAGAUGGGGGAUAGGUCACUAAUUCAGGAUUUUGGCUUUGCAACUGAGAUGUUACAUUAACAGGAGAUAAAGUAGUAUACAGUGCCCAUUUAUUCUGCUAGAAGUUACCACUGACUUGUCUAAAGUUUACCCUUUUUUGGUACGUUAUAUAUUUUUGUAACUUCCACUAAGCUUUUGCUCCCUUUUCCACUCUGCUAUGUUAGAAAUAGUCUAAUAUUGAUCUAGAAAAACCACCACCUUGAAUAUUUAGUCCCCAAACGCAGAUGCCAUGAGAUAGGAGCACAGGGCCCGGAGGGAGCGCUCCUCCUCCUGGUCUUCCCGGGGACUUCAAGAGAGCAAGAGCACAAGCGACCACAAUGGAGUCAUCACUGGGCAUUGCAAAAAAUCAUUGAAAACAGUUGCUUAAAAAUAUGACAGGAACAAGCUGGUGGGGGGAAGUGGUGGUGAGGGGGAAUAAAAUCAAGGUAGCCCAUGAGGCAACACCUAAUCCUGUAAGCAACACCAAAUUUAAACUAACUUCAGCAGUGGCCAGAUCAGUAGGAUCUAUGCUAAGUAGCAUGUGAUAAACUCAAGGGUGAAAUUCUGUCUUUAAUAAUAAUAAUAGUAAUAAUUAUAAUAAUAUUUUUGUGAAUUUUAAUCUCCAUGAGAUUAUUGUGUGAUCCAGGGUGCCAUUUUUUGUUCAGUUAAUUUAAUUUACACCACUCCUCAAGUUUACUGUUAGCCAGUUCUACUAAUACCAAUAUUUUACUAUGAAAUUUGUUAACCUGGAAUGUAAAACAAAGCUGUAAACCCUUAAAUCUUAUUUACAUGGUUUUAUUUAUAGGCUGCAAUAUAGAGCAGUAAAUGAAAGAAGGCAUUAUAUAUAGUAAAUUAACAAAAAGUGCAGCCCCAAGUGACUUCCUGAUUUCUCCAGAAUAACUCAUGCAUAUCGGGUGAGAAUUAGUCCUAAAAUAAUCUAUCUUAAUUUAGAACACUUGGGGCUGUUGAAUAAUGAAGCCUGAAAGAAGCAGCACCUAACAAUUGUUUUAUUGGUAGAAGGGAAUUUAAUACAUUUUACAUAUGCUUCAUGCAAUGAAUUUUGCAUGUUUAGUAAUAACUCUUAAUAAUAAGGGUUAAUAAGAAGAUCUAUAUUAUUGACGUAAUCGUAUCAAGCAUAAAGAGUAUUAUAAAAAUUUUAUAAAACAAAUUGAGCUUUAUUUGUGAAAGUUCUUGUUCUAAAUGACAUUAUAAUUUAGGUUUAGCUAAAUGUUUCAUUGCUAUUGUUUUGUUUUUUAUUUUAGUUCUUGGAUAUUGUUAAUGGC